GAACAUGUUUAUUACUAAAUACCAUUGAAGAAACCAAAAUUCCAAAAACACCUAAUAUAAAAGAGAGGAAGAACCCAAAUAUAGAUAAUUCCUACUGCAAUUAUUCAACUUAUACCUGCACAAUUAGACAGCCUAAUUACAGGCCUAAUUCAAUGGGUUCCUGAAUUUCCAAGAAAUGUUUGAGCAAGCGAAAAUAUAAAUAUAAAAACACAAUAAAAGACAUAAAAAAUUGAUACUUGUAAAUUGUAAUAUAGUAUUUCCAUUAAAGAUUAAUAUGGAUAAGGACCUGUCAACCCACCCUUCUCAAUCUUAACAGCUAAUAUUACCCAUUUAUUAAAAAUUGUACACCCCUAAAACUUUGCAUGCCUCCAAACAAGAGGUUGAAGAACAUUGAUACAUCCAAAUUAAAAUAACCUUCAUUAUUUCUCUAUCUUUCCUUUUCAAAAAUAAUAAAAAAAAAAAAGUUCAUAAAUUUUCAUGCAAAAUUUGUUCACUCAAUCCAUUAUUUAGUUUGAUAAAUCAAAGUAUAAUUGUUAAAAAUUAAAUACCAAAAAAAGAAAAAAAAAUCUUUUAAAAUCACCUAAAAUAGUACUGCAUGAUUGGCAAUAAUAUCCUUAUCCAACUAUUAUAAGCUCCUAAACAAAGGCAACAAUUUUCCCACACUUUAAUUUUCAAACCAAAAAAACACCUCUCAAAACCCCUAACAAACACCCCAAAAAAACCCAAUGGAAGAUGGUGACAUCCCACCACAUUGGCAACCAACAGCCACCUUAACACGGCGGAACCGACAUCGAUCAUCGUCUCCGAUAUUAAACUCAUCUCUACUCAUCAUUCUCCUACCAUCGAUCGCCCUCCUCUUCACUGUCUUCAUAAUUAUCCCUAGCAUACACAAAAUUCUACCAAUAACAAACAGCACCAAUACUCAAAAUCAAAAGGCUAUAUCAGUCAAGAAGAGUUGGGACUUCCUCAACAUAACCCUCGUCCUCUUUGCUAUCUUGUGCAGCAUUUUCGCCAAACGAAACGAUGAUUCGUCAGUCGCAACAACAGAACGUGAUGAAAAAGUCCAACAACAUCCCACACAAACCAGUAGUACUGGUAGUAGUAGUACUAGUACAACUGGUUCACUCCGAAGGAGUAAAACAAUGAUGCACAACUACAAUCAAUCAUCAUCAAGCGUACCACAAUGGUUCGAGUACUCGCAGCAGCAGAGGAUCACUACCUCUCCUACAAACACUCCUCAACCGGGUACCGGUACCUCCCGGUUACGCCGGACAGUUAGCUCUGAUCCAUACAUGAAGUAUAACAACAAUAACACUAUCAAUCAUAAUACCGGGAACAGCCAGUUCCGGUUUUUCGACGAUCUCGACAUCAGUAGAUUUUAUCCAAAAGAUGAAGAGUAUAAACCUCCUGAGACUACAACGCCACCGGUGGAACUCGAAAAAACUCCGGUAAAGGAUAUCGAAGUUGAUACAUCUGAACAACAAAACAGCGGAAAAUUACAAUCACCGACAUUUUCUCCGCCGCAAAAUCCGCCGCGGAAUCCUCCAGCCCCGUCACCUCCUCCACCUCCGCCGCCGCCUCCGGCAAAGCAGAGGCGAAAAUUCCAGACAAUUCCUCGAAGAGAGCAAGUUCCGCCAUCUCCGCCACCACCUCCUCCGCCGCCGCCUCUGCCACGUGGACGGGAGGAGAAGAGGAGAAGUUCGCGAAAGCGAAUGAACGCAACGAAGGAGAUCGCAACGGCAAUUGUGCAUCUCUACAGUGAACGCAAGCGAAAACGACGACAAAGAUCGCAGAAAUCAAGCAGAAAUUUCGAAGAUUCAUCGGAAAAUCGAUCACAAUUCUUUCCCCCGCCGUCGCCGCCGCCUUCUCCGCCGCCAUUACCGCCGCAUCCGUCAUCUGCUCUCAAAAGCUGGUUCAAAAAAGGGAGCAAAACAAAGAAGAUUCACUCGUUUUCCUCCAUACCUAAACCUCCACCACCGCCGACACGGCAAAAACUGGUGAACUCCGCCGGGAAACCGCCAUUACCAGUGACGAGAGAGACCAGAAUACCGUAUAAGGCACGGCGGGAGAUCGACGGUCGAGAUGAAGCGAUGAGUGAGAUAAACGGUGAAGAUGGAGAGAGAGCGAGUUCGGUGACGUGUCCGAGUCCAGAUUUGAAUGUGAAGGCUGACUCGUUCAUUGCAAGGCAUCAUGAUGGGUGGAGGCUUGAGAAGCUUAAUUCUUGGAGAGAGAAACUCAACAAGGCUGGUAAUGGGCCCACUUUUUAAGGGCCCACUUUUAUUUUUUGCCCCAAUAUUAAUCCCACGCUUCACGCUCACUUGUCACUACUACUAUUUCUCCACCAACUUGGUGCUUAAUUAUUUCUAUUGCUAUUAUUAGGUGGAAACUAAAAAGGGUGUGUUACAUAUGGUAUGGAUUUGGAUUUGGAUUGUUGAAUUAUUAGUUAGUAUAUAAGGUUGAAGUUAGGGUCUAAUUUUGGCCGGUUUUAUUGUACCCGAAAUUAGAGUCUUGAUGUCCAUAAAAGGUUUUAUAUAUUGUAGUUUACUGUAAGAUAGAAUUGAUCAUGGGUGAGGUCGACUUAUGAUUUAAAUGUAUUAUAUAUCUAGGUUGAAUCAAGAUGGGAUUCGACUUGAUGAGCUAUAUAUUUCACGGAUAUCUGUGAAAGGUUAUAGAAUGCAAGGCAAUAACAAGAAGGGUGAUAUGAGGUCAUUUUCUCA